AAGUGACAUCUUGCUUACUACUUUGCAUGUGAUCACUGAUUGGCCAAUCAGUGAUCACAUGAUCGGGACCUCGUACAGAGGUCCCGUCCGACGAUCGGUGUUUCACUGUGUCCGGAGGACACAGCGGGCACCGGAUCGCGGUGCUGCUGCACGCUCCCAGGGAGCGCGCACAAGCAGGCAUUUUUUGUAUAUGAUAAGCUUAGACUUUAAUAGACACCGGACACAUGCAGGCCUAAACAUUUCUGUGUUUGCAUUUUUUUUUUUUUUUUAUUCUUUUAAUUCCUAAAGCAUGAUGUUUUAACUCCAUACA